GCUGAAUCCCGUCGGGCAGUGGGGGAAACUAAUCCCGGCCGGCUGGUUGAGCCCGGAGCCCGAGCAUCACGCAGACCGGCGGCUGGAGCGGACAGCCAAUAAAGUUGAACACGGCGAGCGGCAGGCAAAGUCAGCUACAACAAGUGCACCGGAGCAGGUAGAAGAAACGCUGAUAUUUUUAAAAUAUUUUUGCAACCUUUUUUUUGUCAGAUUAGUGGCCAUGCUUAAUCCGGCAACCUUUUGUUGUGCAGUGGAGGAGUGUUGGAUCGAAGUGAGCGUCUUGCUCCGUUUAUCGCUGCGAUGAAUGAAACAACAGAGACGGACUCAGCCUGAAGACGCCAACUGUGUUGCUUUUUUUUCAGCUUUGAGACGGAAUAACUCCUCACAGAAAUGCGAUCAACGCAGGCGUUGCUUUCUAAUUUGCACCAGAAACGACUGCUGCGCUGAUAGAUGCUUCUGUGUUGGAGACUUGAACCAGGUGCAAGCCGGGCCGGAGCUGCGUGGAAGAGAGCGUUGGAUUUCCUCUGGUCAGCCCUAAAGCAGUGUGCAUGGAGAUGAUGAUCAUGAUGAUGAUGAUGGUGAGGAUGAUGAUGUGCUUUUGAGGUAGGCCUGCUUCAGUCGUUUCUCAAGAUGAGCCAGGGGGCAAACCUCGUCUUCGAGUGGCUGUCCAAGCUCAACCUGGCCCAGUAUGUGGAGUCGUUCGUCGACAACGGAUACGACGAUUUGGAGGUUUGCAAGCAAAUUGGGGAGCCAGACCUCGACGCCAUAGGGGUCCACAUCGAGUACCACAGACACAGGGUCCUCACAGCAGUGCAGAAGCUGAGAGAGGAGGACAAAAAGAAAUCACCCGGCUACUAUUUCACCUUGGAGCCCCUGGACCCGGCUGCUUGCCCACCAAUACACCACCCAGAGAGAGAAAAUGACCCCAGGAAGCUGAGGUCUUACACAGGGGCCGUGGCGGGACACCAGGCCUCCUGUCCCGGGAACCAUAAUCCCAGAUUCACCCACUGCAAUGACUUUGUGACUUAUCCCAAACUGAAACUGAAGAUACUGAUUAGGGAUAAACUUGCAAAAGAUGGGAUCAACCUCGGAGAAGCACCUUACACCCACAAGGAUGGCUCGCUGGGGAACAUUGAUGACCUGGCUCAGGAGUACUCUCAAUAUUACGGCACCUCCCUCAGUGACGUGUGUGAAAGGAUGGAGGAGCUACGGAAACGCAAAGUAGUGCAAGACGCAGAAAUGGGAAAGGUUGACUCAGUGGCCACAUCACUGCAACUGCGCUCGCAGAUCCAGGAAUCCCUCGGACUCAGCAGCACCACAUCCACUCCAGAGAUUGAGAGAAAGUUCCCUGUGCACAAGUCCAGCUCUGAUGAUGGAUCAGGUGGAAAAUGGGAUGGAAAGAGAAAGAACAAGUCUUUUUGGCCGAAUUUCCGUAAAUCACAGAAAGGAGCGAUCCGGCAGACUUCGAAAGGUGAUGACGUCGGCUUUGUGGCCAGUGAGAUUACCAUGAGUGAUGAAGAGCGUAUCCAGCUGAUGAUGAUGGUGAAGGAGAAUAUGAUCUCCGUCGAGGAAGCUCUGGCGCGGCUGAAGGAGUUUGAGAUGCAGAACAGACAAUCCUGCAGGCCCGAUCCCACAGACUGGGCCGACGCGUCCAAUCCCACCACAAACGAGUCGUUCAGCUGCAACCCGUGUGACCUGUCCGACAACGAACAGGAAGAAUCUGUGACCUUCAAGAGGCUCCACAAGCUGGUCAACUCAACCCGGAAGGUGAAGAAGAAGCUGAUCAGAAUCGACGAAUCCAAGAGGCCCGGCCUAGACGAGUGUCUGAGUAUAGACGGGCCUCCCUCUGUGGACAUGGCCUCCUCCCUCUACUCUGGUGUGCAGAAGAAGCCGCUGGCGUGUCCCGUGGACUCCCUGGCCUCAGCUCUGCGGGAGCAGCUGACCUACGACAGGGACUCUGACAGCUUGACCACCUCGCCCUCCUCCAGCAGCCUGGACACCUGCAGCAGCCAGAAGAUCUUCAAGGCCUUCAGCAAGUCUAGCAGCAGCCCCAGCCACCAGGAGAAAGGCGUUGAAGGGGUGGUGAGGGAGGCGGGUCGAGGCAGCGGCUCUUCGCUGUCUGACACGGAGGGCUGCAACGACGAGGAGCCUAAAAUCGCCCGCUCAGUGACCGAUGGAGAGCUGCGCCGCCGGGCCCUCAGCCCGCUCAGCCACCACGGGAGAACCUGCAGCUUUGGAGGAUUUGAUCUGACCAACCGGUCACUGCACUCAGUCAGCUGCGACUGCGAGAUCACCAAAAAAGAUGGAGACGGCGGUGUUAAAGAUGGUGUCAAGUCUCCACCAACGUCUCGCAUUUCUCUGGGCAAAAAGGUCAAGUCUGUGAGAGACACCAUGAGGAAGCGCAUAUCAAAGAGAUACCACUGCUCACUCUCUGAACAGUCAAGCCCAGACCGCAUAUCCAGCUGCCCUCAUUCUCCUCAGACAGACUCCGACUCCUUGGAGAAACCCAAACUGAAGCCAGGCGGCUCUGUGGAGAGCCUUAGGAGUUCCCUCAGUGGACAAAGCUCCAUGAGUGGCCAGACGGUGGGCACCACCGACUCCUCCAACAGCAACAGAGAGAGCGUCAAGUCUGAGGACGGAGAGGAGGACGAGCUGCCGUACCGCGGGCCUUUUUGUGGCCGCGCUCUGGUUCAUACCGACUUCACUCCCAGUCCCUAUGACACCGACUCCCUCAAGCUGAAGAGUGGAGAUGUUAUCGAUAUCAUCAGCAAGCCUCCGAUGGGAACGUGGAUGGGGCUGCUCAACGGCAAAGUCGGCACCUUCAAGUUCAUUUACGUGGACGUCCUGAAUGAGGAGGAGGUGAAGCCCAAGAAGACGCGCAGGAGGAGGAAGGCCCGGCAACCCAAGCCCACCUCUGUGGAGGAGCUGCUGGAGCGCAUCAACCUCAAAGAGCAUCUUCCCACCUUCCUUUUUAACGGCUAUGAGGAUCUGGACACGUUCAAGCUGCUGGAGGAGGAGGACCUGGACGAGCUGAACAUCAGAGACCCUCAGCACAGAGCCGUGCUGCUCACCGCCGUGGAGCUGCUGCAGGAGUACGACGGCAGCAGCGACCCAGAGCGGGGCAGCCAGUCUGGAGGCUCGCAGGAGAAGCUGCUCCUGGACAGGCGUGGCCUCAUGGGGGAUUCCCCGCGGGACUCAGGCUGCUACGAGAGCAACGAGAACCUGGAGAACGGUAAUGACAGCCUGACCCGUCUGUGACCACUUGUCCUCCUCUGCCUCAUCCUUCACUAGCGAGACUGACCGCCGAGGUCUUCAGUUCUUCUUCAUGCUUGAGCAUUCCAGAUCGCCAAAUUCAGUUUUCAUGCUCUUUUGGAAAGACUGUGCUGUCGCCUCAUUCGCCUACGAUGCUCACUUUUUUUCCCCUAGCAUCUUUUUCUUUCUUUCGGCCAUACUUUACUCUGUUUCUGCAUCAUUGAAUCCAAUGACUUUCCUGCGAUCACUACUCUCCCAUCUGUUUCAGUGCAUUUGAGAACUGACAUACAGUACCAUUGCCUUUCUUUACAAGAGUUACCUUUUCAUUGUAGUGUUCAGAAUGGAGGAGAGAGGCAAGAUACUCUAUCCUCCUUAUUAUUACUGAGGGACUGGAGAGCUUACUCACAUCAUCUUACACUGAGCAGUAAUCUCUUAAGAUCUUUUCUCAGAAACCUGUACAAUUUAUAUGUAGAGCCGCUUGUAGGUCUACUCACAAAUAGAUCUGCCAUUGUGAGUCGCGUGGUGGUUUUGCGUUUGCUGAUAUGGUGACUGUUGAACCAAUGUGUGACAGGAGUUUAAAAAAAAAAAAAGGUGUUUAAGCUCUAGAUUUAAAUAGUUACAAAAAAAAAAAAGUUUCCAGUAACUGCAGUAUAUAUUUACUGUGAAUGCUUGCUUUAUUCAUAACUAUAUCAAUCUUAUUGUGGUUAUUCGGUUUGGUUAAGUCUUAAAAAAUUGUCAGAAUACAAAGAGUUGUGCUUACUGUAUACUGAAGCCUCUUGUGAAUGUCUAAAGGCCAUGUGGGGAGAGGAUUAUGUCAGAGUAGCCUAUUUUCCACACUUGUACAGUAUAUUUCUCUCAAGAUUUUGCUGUUUUUGUGUGUAUAUUUUUCUAGUUCAGUAUAAUAUAUUGUUGCACAAUAUUUUAUGAUGUGCCUGAAAACUGCAUUAUGCAGAACAAUAAAAAAAAAAAUCUACUAAAUGGUAUAAUUAUACUUGUUGCAAUGUGGCAUUUUUUUUAUAAUUGUAAAUGCACUGAAAUGCAUACUGAGGACAACCUUGGAAAAGACUAUAACAAAGUUUGCUCAGAUCACUUCAAUAAACAGUAUAUAUGACAUAACUAAAGGGCAAAGUUCAACUAACCAUAACAACAACAGACUCUACAGAUCUGAAGUGUGCUACUGUCAUGGUUGAGCGUGAGGAAUAAAUUGCUCAAUGCUUUACCAGA